AUAUAUUUUAAUAAUUUACAAUGACAGAUGAGUGGUUAGAAAUUGCACACCGAUACGUUCUACUGAAUACAUCUAUUGUGGAGCCUUUUCUAGAGAUGCAUAAGGACGAGUUAAGGAAAACCAACCAAAUUUAUGCAAGAAAUAGUGGCUUGCUUUGGAAAAGGCAUGUAGAGACAUUUCCAAAAUGGCUGAAGGAAAAGGUUCCUAUUGAUAAGGGUGAAGAAAAUGAUUUGUUGAAAUGGUUAGCAUAUGGACCUAGGAAACAAGCAAUAUCUUGCACAGGAUUCAUCAUCAAUGGUCAAAGAUUCAAUGUAGAAGAUGAUAAAAAGACAACACAGAAUAGUGGUGUUUCUAUUGAUGCAACAACCAUGUGUAGAUCCAGUGCUAAAGAUCAAUCACAAGUUGCAGAUGUGGUUUCCUACUAUGGAGUCCUAAAAGAGAUAAUCUUGUUAGAUUAUCACACAUUUCAAAUUCCACUUUUUAGAUGUCUAUGGGCUAAUGUUCCUAAUGGUAUUAGGAUCGAAGAUGGCCUCACAUUAGUUAACUUAGAGGAAAGUCAAUCACAAUUUGUUAAAGACCCUUUCAUUUUAGCUUCACAAGCUAAACAAGUUUUCUACUCUAGAGAACGUGAUUCUAGUUGGCAUGUAGUAAUGAUGGCACGCCCAAGAGGAUUUUAUGAAUUGGAAUAUUAUGAUAGGCAUGAGUAUAUGCCCAUCAUUUUAGAAAAUAAUAUUGAAACUAGGUUGGAUGAUGUAGUUGAAGAAGACCAAUAUGUGAGAGUGGAUUGUGAAGGCACCUUAGUUUGAAUAAUGUUGUUGUUUUUGUCUCGUGUGAUGUCUUUUGUACUGUUCUUUUAGGAGUUUUGUUUUCUCAGACAUUUUCAUAAUGCUAUUAAUGUUUAUAUUGA